UCGUUAUGGGUAAUAAAAACACUUUUUUAUUAACGUAAAAUUAGAUUUCAUCUAGCAAAUGCUUCAUUAAGUUUGGAAAUUAUAGAUGUUUCGAUCACGUGAUUUCCGCUCAUGUGGCAUGUAGACUAGUUUGUUGACAUCCACGUUGCUAUAGACCAACCCGACCACCCCUUUAAUCGCCUCGGUGGUAAUAGACCCUUCUGUUGACUGCACCUGUCUGCUUUGCUAGAUGUUAUUCUCAUUUGGAUGAGGAAAGAAGCAUCGUUUCUGUCCUUGCUCCAAAAUACAGGAUGAUAAUUAGGAUAGACUUUAGGAAAAUUUUCGAGAAAAUAAUUAAAAAGUAAAUCAAUCAUAGUUAUGUCAGUCAUCUGCCAGAAUUUUGUACAGAAUGCUUGGAAAAAAGAUCUAUGUUCCAACUGUUUUAAAUCAUUCGACGAUCAUACUUCCAUGAACGGAGACUGCGAUAACGUUACUAAAACCACUUGGAAAUCGUUAAUAACGGAUAGAGAUCGAAAUGGAAAUUGCACCAAACCUUUUCGACUGGAGAAUGGAUUUCAUGGUAAAUUAUUAACUAUCGUGCCCGCUUUAAAUGGAAACGAUAUCUUAAGUAAUAACAAUAAGAAAACGGAAAUUCAGCAUAUAAAUGGCCAUACUGAAAAAAUUAUUGGAAUCCUUAGAAUUCCCGGAAGUGAGAAAAAACAAGUUCAAACUCAGACGAAAAUCAAUGUUGGUUUUAAGGAAGAAGAGCCUUUAGUUAUAGGGUACGGUGGUAACGAUUACGAUCCGGAUGAACCCGAAUGGGAGCUUUCCAACCACGAAGAUAGCGAAUUAAUUUUAGACAGCUUAGACGAAACCGAAGAAGAUCGUGCAAUUAGUAAAAUAACACGCGAAAAUACAGAAUUCAAUGCCAAAAAUGCCAAUUUGCUUAUUUCUAAUCAGGCUGUGACGGAGGAAGAGCGUAAUGCGAAAAAUCGUCGAAAGGGGGAGCCACCUCCCAAGGCGUCGGUGAAACCGUUUUUCAGGCAGACCACUUGGAACGAGCAGUCUGCAGUCGGCACUGCAGUGAGUGACAAACUGCAGACUAGACAGAUUAUAAACGAGAUUCCUACCGUAACUUCCAUAGAAACGGAGACGUUGUGCAUCAAUGGAGAAAGGGAUGAUACCUCUAAGUCUACAGUUGCGAAUCCCGAGGAAGAGAACCAUCAAUCUGUCGAUAACGAUAUUAACGAUGUGGCAGCUUCUAAAUCAUUAGUGCCUAGAACUUCGUUUUUGCAUGGAGGUUCUGACGAAUUAACGGCUCCCACAGCAUUAUAUACUCCAGGGGACGACUUUUUCGUAUCUAGAAGCAAUUCGUCUUCUUCGGAAGAAACAAUUCCCUCCAGAGAGUCGCCAGAAGAAUUUCAUUUGGAUAUGAAUCAGCAGUCAAACGAUCAGGAUCAAUCGGUAGAUGCGUGCGAAGAAACUAAUCAAAAACCGCAAGUGCCAGUAAAAUAUAUUGACGAAGCUUCGGGAAGCGAUAAAGUAAGCGACGUUAUCGAUGAUUCUUUACUAUACGACGAUGGAAGAACGAUAUAUUAUGCAGUAAGUCCAGCUCUUGCAGAAAAUAGUAAACAUAAUGUACAACAUCCCAGAUCUGAAUCCAUACCUAUAAUAAAUCAUUACGCGGAAUGUAAAAUUUAUCAAGAUAUUGAACCCAAUCGAACCCCUUCACCUCCAGACGGUUCUCGUAGGUCAAAAUUAGCAGCUCUUGCAGUAGAAUUAGAACAAGCUAGAUAUUCCGGUGGAACUCCAAUCAAAAGACAAGCUCCCUCCCCACCUGAUGCAUCUGGGUACUCUACCCCGGUACAGAAUCUUUCUCGAAGUUCCUUACCUACACCAUAUUCUACGACGUCAGUUUGUACCACUCCUGUUGUAAAUCAAGAUUCCGCUAAUAAACAAAAAGGCGCUUUAAGUUCAGGAGGUUCUCGUUCAAAGAUACUGAUGUGUAUAAGUGGAAGUGCCGAUGAUACUUUUAACAAGAACAGGAAAAAAUUUUCGCUUAAGAAACUGUUAAAAAGAGGAAGUAGAGAUGUAGAAGAUUUCCCACCCAUCGAAGCAGGAACACCAAAUCCUAAAGCUUGGAAACAAAAUGACUUUUCUAAAGUUAAAUUGGAAAUUAUUCAUCCGAUGGAUCUAGUAAACGAUAGGAAAAGUCCAGAUUUAGAUAAUACUUCGGCGAAAGAAAAUAAUCAGGGAUCAUCAAAUGCUGUUACUACCGAAUCUGGAUACGAUAAUGUGUUUAUACCAGCUGCUAGUGAUGCUAAUGAGUCAAUUACAUUACCAUCUCGUACGAGUGCAGGAAGUUCAAGAGCAAGUGUGAGACCUCCGAGACCUCCAAAACCUCCCCCGCCUCCUAGAGCACAGUCUAUGAUACCAGACAAAAGCUCAAAGCAGCAAGAAAUAUCUAAAGAUAGUCCCAAAGUAGAGAAUAAAGAUGAUAAAAGUGAAAAUAUUGAUAAUAGCUCGAAACCUCAAGUACCUAAAAGACAGUAUAAAUGUAAUGGAAAGUCAGAAUACGCUAAUUUGGGCGACAUCAGAACAUCAGUUGCUCCUAAAAAACCAGAGAGGACAACAACGGAGUUGGAGAAAAAACCGGAAACUGUUAAAAAAUGCGAUGUUUACGAGCCUUUCGAUGAAAUUUAUCACGAUACUCAAGUGGCACCAUCCCCGAAAAAUGCUCACGAAAGUUGUUCCGAAUCGAAAAAGGAUGAAAAUGGCACAAAACCUUCAGAUUGUCCAAAAGUUACACAGACGAGUCCUCCAGUUCCACCUCCUCCACCUUAUGGAAGAAUAACGUGCAGCAGUGGAUCGGAUGAAAAAUGUUGGACAAAUCUUGAAGCUAGUUAUUCUUUAUUAUCAGCUGUAAAUCUAGACGUUCUUGCAAGAUUACUGGAUAAUGCUUUACACGAUAGAUAUUAUCAGCUGGAAAGACCAGAUAAAGAAUCGCUUCUGUGGUCAGAUUUUGAUUUAGAAAUCGAACAACCUGUACAGAUAUUAUCUGAUAAAGUUAUCUAUGACGCCACAUUCAGGCAUGGAAACAGAAUGCCCGUCACUCUUCUGGUCAAUCCAUGGGGAUUACAUUCUUCCUUGAGUGGAAGUAGGAAUUAUGCCCGUUAUCCCAUACUUGCUCAUUUUAUGGAUCAUGUGCCAAGAAAUUACGCAUUUCCGGAAGUAGGUUCCAGUACAAAUUCAGAAGGAAUUUUGACUUCCGUUUACGUUUUGCAUAGGGCAAGAUUAUCUCCGCUUCGUUCGUUAGUGGAAGAACAAGAGUACGAAAAGGAGGUAUUUUUUGUUAUGCUGCAACUGAUACACUCCCUGAAAAUACUUCAAGCUAGUGGAAUCGAAGACAUCGAACCCGGAGGCCAUAAUGUAUUCUUUGCUAGAACAGAAAAAGAUCGCCUUAAUAGUUUAGUGUUCCUAUCUCCAGAUCUGCCAUUCGAACAAGCUGGGGAUUUAUUUUUAUCCACGACAGAUUCACCUAGAAUUACACUAUGCAGUUACGCUCUAUCUAUAAUGCUACUCCUUUUAGGAAUUAAAAAAGUCGAAGAUGUAAAAACUUCAAAACCAAUUUAUAGAAAGGCAGUUUUAGUUAUAACAGAUGUUUUACAAAAAGAAAAAUCUUAUUCACUUUCUCAGGCGAAAAGUAUUUUAGACUACGUAUUAUGGAAUGCUGAGGAAGCGGUUAGCACUUCAGAUAGGAUGUCGUUAAAAACGGACGGUGUGCUUCAGAGAUGGCUGGAUGUAGAAAGAGCACGAAAAUUGAAAAAUUUAGCAGCGGGUCCUCUUUUGACAAAUCUAACUGCGGUAGAAGAGCAUCAUUUAACUUUUCUUGUUAGGAGUAGCGUAAGAACACUAAGGGAAGUAGCAUCCAUGUUGUGAUAAUCUGUGAUCCUCAAUCUGCUAAAGGAAAAAAAAAAUAAUUGUUAUUUUCACGAUGACGCUGAUUACCCAAAUGUAGUCGAGAGAGCUAUUUUCAAAUCUUGUAAAUUGAAGUCAGAAUAUCUUGUAUAAAAUUAGGCCUAUACGUAAAGAAAAUACAUCGUCUAAUGCUAAUUCAAUCAAACGUAUUUAUAUUAUUAAAUUGUCAAUAUUAGAAUUUUACCUCGUUUUUUUAGUUAUAUUCGUAUUUAUAGUGUAUCUUUCGCUGAUUUUUUUUAAUUAACAAAAAGUUUUUAUACUUAACUGGAAGAACUAUCGAAUUUGGUUAGUGCGAUAACAUUCCUUCUUCCCUUUUGUAUCAUGUGCGCUUUUAUUCUUUUGUAAAUAGAACAAAAAUGUAAAUAGUUUGUCAAAUUACAAAUAUCUGAUAUUUUUGUGUCAUGUAAUAAAGUAACCAGUUUUCUAUCUAUUAUAGUAUUUUG